CUUUGAAAACUGGCCGCUUACUAAAGGGUGACCGCUUAAUACAGGGCCGUUACAUACAGGUUCGACUGUAUUCUUAUAUUGUACGAGCGGUUAGAACAGUAACAUUUUCAACUCCAGGUCUUAAAUUAGGGAAGCCCCCAUACUAAGUGCAGGUUGACUCAGCAUAUUUUCCGUUGCGACACAAGCGAUUUACUCAGUCUGUUUAUUGCCGAUCAUAUUGACGACAUAAAACCUUGCAAAACAGUUUUGUGUUAUUAACCAAGCUCGACAGUAGCUCUUUGUAUUCAAUCCAGUUACACUCCAGACGUCGGACAAAGAGCAAGUUACAAUUCAGCAGGAAUCCGGUAAGAACCACUGUUGGACAAAAGAUUUUAAAAGACGGCUCCGUAAACGUCACUGUUUCAAUAUGGCGCCGGAGUGAGUGGUAAGUGUUCCUGCUUACUGAAGCAGAUUUAAAAACCAUUAAAGGUCUUUAAUAGUACAUACUGCGAAUUUCAAAAUGUUCAGUGAUUUGUAAUAACUUGGGCUAUACUGGCAUUUGAUGGAGGGUUUUUAACUGGCUUGCAAGGGUUGUGUAUUAAGACAAGAUGCUGACUACUCAAUAAGUUGUACUUAAGGUUAUGACGUUGCGUGUUAUUUAAACCGCCGAACGUGUUCCCAUCAUGUUAAGUUAUCACGUCAUGAUAUUGUGAUAUUGGGCCACAGGGUGGCUCUUGGCGAAAACACUUGACUGAUUGAUUGGAAAUAUUGUUUUUAGUGUAUCAGUCAUAUUGGUAGCCAGUGCUACAGAUGUCUUUCUUCCUUUGACUUUACGUUUGGUUUUGGCAGAGACCAGACGACUAUUCUUCUUUCAUGAAUAGUGUCUCCUUACAAAUUAUUUUUACAGGUAGCUUACCAAAAGUGUUAUUAAAGAUAUUGCCUCCGAUAACCCCCCUAACCAGUCUUAACAGCUGCUGAUGAAAAAUGACUUUAGCGCCUUAUCGGGAUGAGCAGUUGAACUAUUUCAAGUUUGCUUCCAUCGUCCUGAAUGACUUUCCUAAAGCCUUACGUCAGACAUUCAAAUCCAUGUGGGACAACACCUUUGGAUAUCUCCCUGGUUACCAACUCUGGGAUGACUCCAUCACUGUGCGGAACAUGUUUCUCCGCACAGAAGGUGGAACCACCAGAAUUCCCGCACACCUCUCGUAUAACGAAUGGGACGGUACCGCUUUGUUCCAGGCGACAAUCUACGCACGCUCCUUCGCGCUACCAGACAGCAGAGGACAUCACAGGACACUUAGUGACUUGUAUGUGAAGCCCAGAAGAUUACCUCAUGGCAGUUUUCAUCCGUCGGUGAAAAGCCCGGGUGGAAAUGAGGCUGAAACUUAUGCACUGGCGAUUGAUCAACUUCGUCUUCUUAGAAAUUCGAUUUGUCACUCACACGGUUCUGAGAUAAUCAAGGUCACAUUUGACCAGUACGUGCAACUUGCUAAAGAUGCGUUUAAAGCUCUGGGAGUGAACACAAACUCCAUUGAUGCUGUAGGAGGUUUGACUGAGUCGGACUUCCCCACAAGAAAGGUUCGUCAGUUAGAGGAAGACACCAGAAUAGAGUUGCAGGCAGUAAACAAAUUCCUCCAAGACGAGGUGACAGAUCAUCUACUGGAUAUACAGUCAGAUAUUGUUCAGUCAAAGCAGGAAAGACAGAACGAUCGGAAACGAACAGACACAGAAAGAAAGGAAGAGAUUCAGGACCUAAAGAUCCAGUUAAAGAGCGACAAAGAUGAGUUGAAAGACAAGCUGGAACACAUCACGUCGGUUAUCAUUCAGUCAAACCAGAAACAACUAGAGGAUCGAAAAGUGACCGAGAAAGAACUUGACAACCUGACGAAACAGUUACAAUUUGACAAAGAUGAGGUUAAGGAAGAAAUUAGAAUAACUGCGGAGAAAACCAUUGAAGCAGCAACUGGAGCAAGCAGAGGAAUCACUGAGGACCUGGCGGAACUGAAAGAAAAAGUGGAUGACAUAAUCAAAAGCAACAAAUCAGAUACUAAAGUCGUUUUACCGAGAUCAUGUCUUCCUACAACUGUUCCACACUUCACUGGCCGUCAGAACGAAUGUGACGAGAUCAUUGGUCAUGCGACGUCCGAAUCUACCCGAAUUGUGUCGAUCUGGGGUUCGCCUGGAUUCGGGAAGACGUCGAUUGCAAUUAAUGUGGGACAUCAUCUUCAGUCUGAAGGAUUACCUAUUUAUUUCCUCUCAUUACGAGGGUCUGGUUCAAAAGCAGAUCUGACAUCGAAGCUUCUUAGCUUUCUUCGGCAAUCUUCUUCAAACGAACCAUCAUCUCAGCCUCUCUCGCUAGAUGACGAACUUUGCGAACUGUUUAGCAGGAUCGUUGAUCGUUGUGUAUUCAUUCUUGAUAAUGCUGACGAUCUGUUCAAGAGUGGCGCGGCAAACGUUACGGAGGAGGUCGUGAAUCUUCUUGAAGAAAUCCUCGGGCGGAACGAACGGGUGACAUUCAUCCUUACCACAAGGGAAUCGUUGGAAUUUAUGAAGAUUCAUUUCCAAGGCCUCCAGGCAGUAAGAAUAAGACCACUGGACGAGCACUCUUCUGAAAGCUUAGUUCACGGAUUACUGGCGCCAAAUGUGACCUCUUCCGACUGCAGCAGAAUUACCCAAAUCUGUGGGCACGUACCUUUAGCCAUUAAGUUAUUGUGUUCUUCCAUUUCUGAAGAUAAUGCUCAACCGAGUCAAUUUUUGGAUGAACUCAUGGCAGAUAAAGAAAGUAAUAUUAUCGCUAUUUUGGACGACAACCCAGAUUAUACCAGUAAUCUGAGGCUAGAAUUCCUCUUUGAUUCAUCUUUUCAGAGACUCUCUACUCAAGAAAAAGAAGCUCUUGUGUCUUUGAGUGUUCUUCCAGAGAAUUUCAGUCAAGAAGUUGCUGCAGUCGUUUUAAAUCUAACAAGAGUUUCUGUCACCAAGAAAUUGCAAAGUCUUCGAAGGAGGUCCCUCAUCGAUUCAAGUUCCAAACCGGGAUCAUUUCAAAUGCACAGCCUUCUCCAAUCAUUUGCAAGAGAAAAGGGAGAACAAGAAAUGAAGGAAACAGUUCUCACUUCCAGAGCCCGCUUCUAUGAAUUUUACAUUUCCAUGUUUGAGAAGCUAAACGAGCAGUUUCUUACAGGACAUUCCAUGUCGGCUUUUGUUGAGUUUUAUGAAAAUAAGGAAUGUAUAAUUCAAAGUCUUACAGAAGGCUGCACGUUUUCUAGAACAGCGGACAUUGCUUUCAACGUUCUGCUAGGUGCAGAACUGUUUGUUGACUCCGUUUUUAUUUCUGGAGGAGCAAGCAUGCUUUAUGAUUCAGUGAUUAAGGCAGCCAACAAUCUGAAGACAAACAGUAUAUUCUACAGGCAAUUAUUUGUUUCCAGAGCACUUUUUGAAAUAGCUUUGGGAGAAGCGGGAGCAACGAUGCAGCUGCUAUCUAAAGCGAAGGAAAUUCAAGCUUUGUCUGCCAGUGUCGUUGACGGAGAAGAAGGAAAAAUUCUUUGUUAUUCUGGUAUCUGUCACCUUGUAGCCGGCAAAACUGAGCAAGGAGUUAAAGUGUUAAAAGAGGCUCUUCCUCUAAUGAAAGACAUCCCCAAUCAGACAGUCCUUAGGCUUUCUGUGUGUCAGAUUCUUGCCAUCUAUUACCGCUUCAAAAAGGACUCUUCAAGCUUCAACUUGUUCUAUGGUAAAGCUCUACAGGAAUGCAAAGCAGCGGGAGACAGGCAGCUUCUUAUUAUUCCCGAGAUGGAAAGCACUGGAAAGACAACCGACCAAGAAAACAUACCACGAAUAAGCAACGAGAAUCACCCGCUUCAACUACAAGUUAUCGUUCUUUUAACCCUGGCUACAAACAGUUUUCCUGAUUUUGAGACCAAACAAUUUGUACACAAUGUUACUCUGGAAAUGGUAAAAGAAAACGAAGCUGCUGCCCAACACAGCUCACUUGGUUUGUCGCAGUUUCAACGCAGUGUGGCCUACAUGUUUUGCGUUUUGAAAAAAACUGAAGACGCAGCCAAACUGUCUGAGGCAAGUAUCAAUUAUCAUCUAAGGGCACUCAAGCAGUGUAACAGCGAUCAAGAGGAAUUGCAAAGGCGAACGAAAUACCUCCCCAGAGAUGAUACACUGCAUCAGGAAAUACUAGCAAAGAGUUACUGGGAUCUUGGCAAUUUUCAUCACCUGAAAGCAAACUUUUCAGAAGCUAUUCAGUCACAUCAGAGUGCACUUGAAAUACGAUUGAAAAUUUUUGGAGAAGAACACUCAAGCACAGCUGAAAGCUACCAUUCACUCGGGUGCGCUCAACACGCAUAUGGCGACUUUGUAUCAGCUCUUAAGUCUGCAAAGCGUGCUCUUUACAUCAGGCUAAAAGUGUUUGGAGAAGAACACGCAAGCACCGCUGAAAGUUACCUUUCACUCGGGCUCACGCAACGUGCACAAGGCGACAUAACGUCAGCUCUUCAGUCAUACCAGCGUUUGCUUGACAUUAGACUCAAACUCUUUGGAGAGGAGCAUUCAAGCACAGCUGACAGUUACCUGUUACUUGGGGACACGCAUUGUGCACAAGNGGGCUCGUCAAAAGACUGCACAGUCUUUAUAGUUGCUACAUUCAAUUUCAUAGCUGUUACGUCCAGGGUGGCCGCCUAA